AUGCUCACAGACAAUGACUGCUUAAUGAUACCUUACCAGACUAGUGACAUUUCCAUUAGGCAUUCUCAAGAAGAAACACAAGAUAUGUCAGAAGAAGCAAAGAAAAAUUUGCAAGAAGAAAUCAAUGCCUUAGUAUCUACAGUAGAAUCAAUUCAGUGGGUGUCAGGAGAUUUGAAAGUUCAGUUAUCUGCAAAAUUCAGCAGCAACAUAAACCUUGAAGCUAAUUAA